GACAUUCCAUUUCCAUCACAUUUCGCAUACACGAGCCAGCUGUGCUGCGUGAUAACAUUUUGUCAACAAGUUGUUUACCACAUUUAUCGCAACGUUCCUCUGCAAAUAAUCCCUUCUGGUUUGUUUUAUUUCGGAUUUAAACCCUCCCCAAUACGCCAUAAUCAUGAAUAUUCUGCAGAAAGCGGUCUCUAACAGCGUAAAAACUAUUCCCCGAAAUGGAUUUAUGCGCCACUCGUCCCAUUUCGUGUAUCAGCCCGAUGCUAAGGCACCGGUCGAAGGCCCAACGCAGAAGAUGAACAUGUUCCAGGCCAUCAACCAAGCGAUGGAUAUCGCACUGGAGCAGAACGAUUCUGCUUUGGUGUUCGGUGAGGAUGUGGCGUUCGGUGGCGUUUUUCGCUGUUCGAUGGGACUGCAGAAAAAGUAUGGCAAGCAACGCGUCUUCAACACGCCUCUCUGUGAACAGGGCAUUGCUGGAUUUGCAAUUGGAGUGGCCAAUACGGGCGCGAAAGCAAUCGCUGAGAUGCAGUUUGCGGACUACAUCUUUCCCGCAUUCGAUCAGAUCGUUAACGAGGCGGCCAAGUAUCGGUACCGCAGUGGUAACCUUUACGAUUGCGGUUCGCUCACAUUUCGUGCACCGUGCGGUGCGGUGGGACACGGUGCGUGCUAUCACUCCCAAAGCCCCGAAGCCUACUUUGCCCACACGCCGGGUUUGAAGGUGGUGGUACCGAGGGGACCAAACAAGGCAAAAGGAUUGCUGUUGGCCUGCGUGAAGGAUAACGACCCGUGUAUUGUCUUCGAACCGAAAACACUCUACCGUGCCGCGGUCGAGGAAGUUCCGAUCGCUGCGUUUGAAAGCCCGAUCGGUAAAGCGGAUGUUUUGCGCACCGGAACUGACAUCACACUGAUCGGUUGGGGUACACAGAUUCACGUCCUGCAAGAAGUUGCCAACAUGGCAAAGAAACAGCUAGAUGUUAGUUGUGAAGUGAUCGAUCUCGUUUCGAUUCUGCCCUGGGACAAGGAAACUAUUUGUAAUUCUGCUAAAAAAACGGGACGCGUUCUGAUCGCUCACGAGGCACCAUUGACGAAUGGAUUCGGUGCAGAGUUAGCCGCUACUAUCCAGGAAGAAUGUUUCCUUCAUCUCGAGUCACCGGUACUGAGAGUGACCGGUUGGGAUACACCGUUCCCGCACGUGUUCGAACCUUUCUACAUUCCCGACAAACACCGGUGUCUGGCGGGCAUUCGAAAGCUGAUCAAUUACUAAACACAAACACAGUGAAGGGAGCGUCAAUCAAAUUCCUCACUUUAAAAAUAUACAACAAGUUAUGUUCCAAACUCGAUUCCAUUCCAGAUCGUCGUUGAUUCAGAAUCAACUGCACAGCAACGGAUGCAUUUAUAUUUGACAAGCCUAGGUAGAAAGCUAAGAAGCAAAACUUCUUCGCUUUUCGAGCUAAUAUCUUACGGGCUUAAUAUCUGUGUUAGCUCUGUUAUUAUAUCGUAAACAACCCUUUGUGCCUUAUAAAAGUCUUUCCAUUU